UGAUGGAGAUUGUUGUAUUGAAAUUGUGUUUAUGGACGUUAUAAUUUUACCUCAAUCAAGACGUCAACCUUAUUUAAAUCUAAAAUCGUUUUUAAGACAAAAUAGAUGUAUUAGCAACAAAACCCAAACACAUAAUGAAAUGAUUUUUUACGAUUUAAAUGCUACCGUGAUUUGGGAGAGUGAAUAAAAGGCUUUAAACGUAAAAGUUAUCUGUAGUUGUAUUUGUAUAUUUUUAGAGUUAAACAUUAAAGCUCUUAUUGUGACAUGGAUGAAGAUGAUGAUCUGGAGACACUUGGUGAACAGCUGUACACCCUGAUUCACCCCAAGCACAACGAGGAGGCGGGAAAACUUACAGGGAUGCUGUUAGAGCUGCCAGCGUCUGUGCUGACCAAUAUGCUGCAGGAUGAGGCCUUACUGACUGCAGCCGUGGAGAAAGCCCGCAGAGCGCUGCAGCUGGUUCAAGAGCCCAGUGGGGUAACUUGCAAGCAUGAAGAUGAUGCGUCUGCGUCUUCAGACUCUCUGGGGGAGCGGCUGUUUGAACUGGUGGACGUGUACAACACUGGACACUCCCAAAAAAUCACAGGAAUGCUUCUCGAGCAGGACAAAGAUGCAGUCUUGCAGCUUCUUUCAGACUCCAGUCUGCUGGAGGAGCAGGUGACUCUGGCCCUGAAGAUACUAAAAGAGCAGAAGACAGAGGAGACAGAAAACGGCAGCCCGUCUGAUGCCGAGGACAAAGACAGACUGGGGGAGAAGCUCUUCUCUCUCGUGGAGGAGUUGGAUCCACUUCAUGCUAAUGAUAUUACAGGAAUGCUCCUGGAGAUGAACCCCCUUGCUCUGCAGCAGCUGCUCGCUGACCACUCAAUGCUGGAAGUUGCUGUCAAGAAAGCACAAUCUGCCCUGGAAACAGAAAGCUGAACAUUCUCGCCCUCUGCAGAAGAACAUCCCCAAACACUGACAAAAGCUACAUCAGUUCUAAAAAGUUUAGAUGUUUGACUGAAUCGACUAAAGAACCUUCUGAUUUCUGUGAUGCAUAAACGUGAAAAACAAUCAUGGUCCAUUAGAGCCGCUGCAGUGGAGAAGCUAAACUUGUGUGGAUCUCGUGGAAGUGUUUUAAAUGCUGCCAAACGUGCUUAUUUUUUGUACUAUAUGUAUAAUUCUACAACUAUAUUUGCAAUAAGAAGUUAUGCUCUUGGUUUUUAGCUACUGUGGUCAUUCCAUGUGACCAGAACUAAUGGAUGUUUUGCACAAAUUCUUCUUUACAUUAGCAAGAGAAAGAAUUAUAAUUGUAUAUUCCCAAGUCAUUAAAAAAUGACCCAUUCCUCAUUAAAAUGUGACUUUUAAGUCUGUA